AGUCCCCCAAUCCCUUCCCCUAAUCCAUCAGUCCAUAAUACCUAAAUAAGUUCAUAAAGAGGCGCAGCAACGCCCCCCCUCGAGCACUAAAAAAGGUGCUUGGGGAGCCCAUUUAAUAGAAAAAGUCCGUCCGCGCUGCCAGGCUGCAUGGGAACCCGAACCCCCUAACUAAAACCAUUAAAAUUACUUUACCUAACUCAGCGUACCUAAUUCAAUUAUACUCCGUAUCUUCGCCUCCGCAUUUUUUAUUUUAUUUUAUUUUUUUUUCUUCUUUCUCGACCAGAAUCGUUCUAGACUCUCUCCCAGCGAACGAACGCAACGCGUACGUACAGCUUGUAUACGUACAUACAAGUUGUACACGUCCCUCCCCAAAGCUACAUCACGAAUUUUUUAUUAUUUCGAUAUCGCAUUUGUAGUCAAUUGGGUCGACAAGAGGGACGAACGCAUUAAUAAUCACGUCUAAUUUUGGAAUUUGUUGGUUAGAAGGAGAGUAAGAAAGUAAGAAAAAAUAGAAGCGAAGAAGCGAAAGGAAUUGAAAGAGAAGGGAAAAGGAAAAGAAGGAAAAUAAUUGAAGAAGCCGAAAUCGAAUACCAAAUCCGAAUCGUGUUGCGAAAACAAUAAUAUCGAUCAACAUUCACAUACCAGCCAUGUCGGCUUCGACAACAACCUCUCGAAGCCGAAGCCCCUUAACGGCAACAAGCACACGAUCUUCCUCAUCCUCCGAACACACAUACACAGAUCGACAAGGACAAACAAUACAUCGAUGUCCUUGCGAAAAAUGCGACAACCUUCAUCACAAUACCAACGAAAGCAACGUAACGCGUUUCGACGUGCCGUUAAUCGCAAUCCCGCGAUUACUCACCGCGAUACUAGGCCUAGCGACAGUAAUACGAGUUCACACAUCCAUUGACGCCGGCUGGUGGCCAUGGGAGCAUAAAGUGCUAUUCUCACUAUGCUGGCUGACGCUAUUCUGGAACCUGGCGCACGCGUUUUGCAGCAUAUUAGGUUACGCGUAUUGGCCGUCGCCGCGGCGCAUCGUGGGUUUACCGCCCGUGACGCUAGCUGUUAACGGCCGUACCGUGUUCUCAUUCGGUGGCCCGGAUGAGGAUGAUGGCGCGAGAAGGAGGCGCGCGAAGAGACUUCAAUUUACUGCUGUGGAUAUCUUACUCGCGGGACCGACACUUGGGUUCUUGAUUUACUCGGCACAUAUCAUGUACCCCUGGUGGGGGUCUAGAUAUGUUGGCUUGUGGCCGCCGACGAUAGGAUUAAUCGCAUCUCUUGUUUCCUUCGAAUUCCUUACCGCGUUCCUCCAACUCUUUCAAUUCUUCGAAGCCAAGGUGAUUGGUGUACAAUUGACGAUGCAGGAUAUAUAUGAGAAAGACGACUCCGACGGCCGACUACAAUUAUGAAGCAGUCGAACCGAUAAAGUAUUGUGUUGAUUAUUUGCAAAUUUCUCUUUUCCACUCCUCUAAGCACAGCACAGCACAGCAUAGCAGAGCCAAGCAAGAAAAAAAAUAUACAAAAUCAAAAUUACGAUCUUUUUGUAAUCAACAUUUGGGAGCGGCAUGGAAAUGAUUUCUGGAAAGAUACCAAAGAAAAAGAAAUAUU